ACAAAUCUACAAAAAAAAAGAAAGAAGGAGAGAUCACAAUUCCAGACCAGUUCCAUCUCUCUGAUAUCUCUAACUCCUUUUUACCUGAUCAAUCUCUUGUUGGAGAGAGAGAGAGAGCGUGAUCGAUGGGGGACACUGCUGUUGAUUUUUUCCUGGAGACGUUGAAGCAGCUUAUAAUGAGCUCCGAGGUCGAAUCAAUCAUAAAAGAGAAGCAUCAGCUCGAAUCUCUUGAGGAGGAGACAGAGUACAUGAGAGGAUUCCUCAAGGUUACGGAGACGAAACGCAACGAGCAUUCAACAGUGAUGAAUCUGGUGAGGCGGAUCAAAGACGUGGUAUCUGAGGCAGAGAAUAUCAUAGAACGUUUCGUAGUUCAAGCUUUCAAGGCUAAUCAUGCCCCUCAUUUUCUUCGUCGACAUCAGGAUCAUCUUUCCCUUGACCUUGAAAGUGUAAAAAAGGAGAUCAAGACUCUUACGGCUGAGGUAAAGCAGAUUUACGACAAUGAGAAUAUGUAUGACAUUAAUGGAGUAGCAGGCAAAAAACUCGAGCACUCUUUUUCCAAAAGUGAAGGAGGUUCAAGUUCUUCAGGAGGGAGCAACACCUCGAAAAAGGUAGAAGAGAAGGUGGUGGUUGGUUUCAAGGAGGAGGUAGAGACAUUAAUGGGAAAGCUUCACGACAUUGGAGAGGGUGGACGGCUGGAGAUAAUAUCAAUCGUCGGUGCAGCUGGAGGCGGCAAAACCACUUUGGCCAGAGAAGUGUAUGAUCAUCCUUUGAUGUCACAUACCUUUGAAAUUCGUGCAUGGGUCAAUGUUUCUCAAGAUUACGAUAAGACUAUGAAGAGGAAUUUGUUGAUUCGUAUUUUGGAAUCAGCUUCCUCAAAAAAACAUGGAGAUUACGAGAAGAGUAGUGAGGAUAAAUUGGGAGAAGAGACGCACAAAUGCUUGAAGGGUAAGAAAUAUCUCAUUGUCAUGGAUGACAUAUGGGGCAUUGAAGCCUGGAAUGAUAUCCAAAGAUCACUCCCUAAAGAAUGCAAUGGCAGUAAAGUGUUGUUCACUAGUCGACUACUUGUUGAACCUAAUAGCAUCCACUGCAUCCCUCAUUAUUUGGCUCUCUUACCAAAAAGUUGCAGUUGGAAGUUGUUACAAAAGAAGGUAUUCAGGAAGAAAUGUUGCCCACCGGAGUUGGUUGGCGUUGGUGAGCAAAUAGCAGAAAAAUGUGAAGGACUACCACUCGCGAUUGUCGCAAUAGCUGGCAUUCUGGCAGUGGAAGACAAGACACUCGACGUGUGGGAGGAAGUUUCCAAACAUUUAAGUUCGAUCAUUGCCAAAAACCAGGACGGCUGCAUGGAGAUACUAGAACUUAGUUACAAUCACCUGCCUCUUCAUUUGAAAGCGUGUUUCGUUUAUAUUGGAGGAUUCCCCGAAGAUUCUGAAAUCCUUGUACGCGAGUUGAUAUGGUUAUGGAUCGCAGAGGGGUUUAUUCAGAAAAGUGAAGGGGAUAAAAGCUUGGAGGCCGUAGCAAAAGAUUAUUUAAGCAGUCUUAUUGACAGAAGUCUUGUAAUGGUAGCUAGGAAAAGGUCCUUUGGAGGAAUUAAAGUAUGCCGUAUCCAUGAUCUUUUGCGUGAAUUAUGCUUGAAAAAAGCGGAGGAGGAUAAUUUCCUUGUGCAAAUUUACGGGGAUGAUACUUUUCCACCUUCUACUACAAAUAAGCAUCGUCGCCUCUUCAUUGGCAGCCAGUUCUGUCAUGAGUUUUCCUUAAGGCCUUGUACUCAAAACCUUCGUUCUUUUCUGUGCCUCAGCUUGCAAAACACCACUCAUUUAUCGUUUGAAUCAAAUCUGUCAUUCUUUGUUAAAAACUUUGAACUUCUCAGGGUGUUGUGUUUUAUCCCCGCUGAAUGCCGAGGAAAAAUAGGAAGAGGACAUCUAGUUCUUUUGAGAUACUUAGCACUCCAGUUACCAAAUGACAAAUCGGACUUUGUAUCGCCAUUUUCCUACCUCUUCAACCUAGAAACCCUUUACCUCAAAGCUCGGUCGGAUAAAAAGGAUGGGCAAAUCAUUCCGUUGCCUCGAGAUAUAUUUAAGAUGGUUAAGUUGAGGCAUCUGUAUGCUAAAAGAGGGGUAUUCAAUUAUCAUCUUAGCUGCCUUUAUCCUGAUGUAGCAGCUGCAAUUCGUUUUGAGUCUUUUGACAGUUCGUCCAAGUUGGAUAGCCUACAGACCUUGCAUUCAAUAUGUCCUUGUGAGGAGUGCCGAUAUUUCUUGGUAAGGACUCCCAAUCUUAGGAAGCUAGGAUUUUAUGGACAACUAAUAUCCGAUGAUUUUGUUUUGAUGCUCCCCGACCUAGAGUUCUUGAAAUGCCUUGAGACACUCAGUUUUAAACACUGCAGUUGGAUCACGGCAACUAGUGUUCUGCCAGUGCUGAAGUUUCCUCCGACUAUUACGCGUCUAACUUUGAAUAAGACAUGCUUAAAGUGGGAAGAGCUAUCAAUCCUCCAAACCAUGCCGAGCCUUGAGGUUCUCAAAUUAUCAAACUGGGCCUGCAAGGGACAAAUUUGGAACACUAGUGAACUUGAGGGGUUCUCUCAACUCAAGUACUUGAGGUUACAAGAGCUGGAAAUCCAAGAAUGGAAUGCUUCCGAAGAUCAAUUUCCGAGACUUGAAGUCUUAGUGGUUAAACAAUGCUUUUAUCUGGAGCGGAUCCCGAUUGAGUUCGCUAAUCUAAACGAACUUCGCGAAAUCGAGGUGAGGAGGAGCUGUCGCUCCGUGGAGGAAUCGGCCAGGAAGAUUCAGGAAGAGCGAAGGAAUACAAGAGGAGAUGAUGAUUGCAUAAAUCUCUUGGCCUCGUCUAAUAUCUUUUAAGCGGUCCAGUGGCCAAAGAAGGGUGCAGGAACAAUUCACCCUAGGACUUGUAUUCUAGAUUGCUUUUGACUUUUUUGAUAAUUCAACAACACCAUCUGUUUAUUUUUUCCA